AUGUCUUUUUCCAGUUAUACUAGAAGCAGUAGUACCUUUUUUUAUCUGUUUCUUGCUGUGUUUGUUGCAAAAUCUAGCUUUUGCUUCUCGGCCAAGGUUUAUGUGGUGUACAUGGGAAGCAAAACUGGAGAAAACUCAGAUGAUAUUCUGAAGCAGAAUCAGCAAAUGCUUGCAGCUGUUCACAGUGGAAGUAUCGAACGAGCCAAAGCUUCCCAUGUUUAUAGCUAUAGACAUGGUUUCAGAGGUUUUGCAGCCAAGUUGACUGAUGAACAGGCUUACCAAAUUUCAAAGAUGUCAGGAGUGGUGUCUGUUUUUCCCAAUUCAAAAAGAAAGCUACACACCACUCAUUCAUGGGACUUCAUGGGACUUUUGUACAACGAAUCAAUGGAAAUUCAUGGCUACUCCACAAAAAACCAAGAAAAUAUCAUCAUUGGUUUCAUCGAUACGGGAAUUUGGCCGGAAUCCCCAAGCUUUGGAGACACCGACAUGACCCCAGUGCCCCGGGGAUGGAAGGGUCAUUGUCAAUCAGGAGAAGCAUUCAAUGCUUCAUCAUGCAACAGGAAAGUGAUAGGAGCAAGAUACUACAUGAGUGGACAUGAAGCAGAAGAAGGGCCAGACAGAAAAUUCUCUUUCAGAUCUGCCAGAGAUAGCUCAGGUCAUGGCAGCCACACAGCUUCCACAGCAGCAGGACGAUAUGUGGAAAACAUGAAUUACAAGGGGCUAGCAGGUGGAGGAGCAAGGGGAGGUGCCCCUAGGGCUAGGAUUGCAGUGUACAAAGUGUGUUGGGACUCAGGUUGCUAUGAUGUGGACUUGUUAGCAGCCUUUGAUGAUGCCAUAAGAGAUGGUGUUCAUAUUAUAUCUUUGUCUCUGGGUCCUGAAUCCCCCCAAGGUGACUAUUUUAGUGAUGCCAUAUCUGUGGGAUCAUUCCAUGCUACUAGACAUGGAGUGCUGGUGGUAGCGUCAGCUGGGAAUGAAGGAAAUCCUGGUUCUGCAACGAACCUAGCACCAUGGAUCAUCACAGUUGCUGCUAGCUCAACAGAUAGGGAUUUCACCUCUGUUAUCACACUAGGAAAUAGUGUUAACAUCACGGGUGAGAGUCUCAGUCUCUUAGGAAUGAAUGCCUCUACAAGAUUGAUUGAUGCAUCUCAAGCCUUUGCAGGAUACUUUACUCCUUAUCAAUCCAGUUACUGUGUGGAUAGUUCCCUAAAUAAGACCAAGGCCACAGGGAAAGUUCUUGUCUGUCGACAUGCAGAGUAUUCAUCGGAGUCAAAGUUGGAAAAGAGUAGGAUAGUGAAAGAGGCAGGUGCUGUUGGGAUGAUACUCAUUGAUGAAGCAAAUCAAGGUGUUGCCGUCCCAUUUGUGAUACCUUCAGCUAUUGUUGGAACGAGAACAGGAGAACGGAUUCUAUCCUAUAUCAAUAACACACGUAUGCCAAUGUCACGGAUUUCCAGAACCAAGACAGUACUAGGAGUUCAACCCGCGCCCCGUGUAGCAGCAUUUUCUUCUAAAGGCCCAAAUGCAUUAACCCCAGAAAUUUUGAAGCCGGAUGUUACAGCUCCUGGAUUAAACAUCCUUGCAGCAUGGUCUCCAGCCGCAGCUGGAUUGAAGUUCAAUAUUUUAUCAGGAACUUCCAUGUCUUGUCCUCAUGUAACUGGAAUUGCUACCUUGGUCAAAGCUGUGCAUCCUUCAUGGUCUCCUGCUGCUAUAAAAUCUGCUAUCAUGACAACUGCAACAAUUCUGGAUAAGCACCAUCAACCCAUUAGAGCGGAUCCUGACAAAAGAAGGGCUAAUGCAUUUGAUUAUGGAUCAGGCUUUGUGAAUCCUACAAGAGUCCUGGAUCCAGGUCUUGUCUAUGAUUCACAUCCAAAUGAUUUCGUUGCGUUCCUAUGUUCACUUGGUUAUGAUGAGAGAUCACUCCGCCUUGUCACAGGAGACAACAGCACAUGUGACAGAGCAUUCAAAACACCAUCUGACCUCAAUUAUCCAUCUAUCGCAGUACCCAAUCUUGAAGACAAUUUUUCAGUAACCCGAGUUGUGACUAAUGUUGGAAGAGCAAGAAGUAUAUACAGAUCUGUAGUAUUGUCUCCUGCUGGAGUUAAUGUUACUGUUGUGCCAAAUCGAUUAGUGUUCACAAGGGUAGGGCAGAAAAUCAACUUCACUGUAAAUUUUAAAGCGUCUGCUCCCUCAAAAGGCUAUGCAUUUGGGUUCUUGUCAUGGAUAAACAGAAUAUCACAGGUCACAAGUCCUUUAGUUGUUCGGGUUGCACCAGCAAGUCUUGGGUUGGUUAGAUGA